GAAAAAUUUCUCAUAAGUGGUGAACAAAAUUGCUCUUUCAUUUUGAUAUUUGCAGAGAAUCCAAACUACAACGAGAAGGACCUCAAGAUCAUGGAGGCCACGUCGCCCAAUGCUCAGACACCGUACCGUGAUCCGUCGUCCGUGAUACUUAACGACAGCAUUGGUGUCAAGGAAAUGAAAGAGAGCGAAAGUCACGAUGUUCUUCUGGGACCGGACGACAAACCACUCAAAAAGUUUCUGUGGUGGCACAUGACCAAAAAGCAAAGGAUUCUCGUCAUCCUCGGACUGAUCCUGUUGUUGCUGGUCGUUCUACUUCUCAUUACGUGGUUCGCCAUUAUCCCGGCCGUGAUCCGACACUAUGCCAAGAGCGUGCAGAUGAACCUCAACUACAUGGACAUCGUGAAGAUCCCGGACAACAGGACCCUCAACGUUGAUAUUAAUUUGAACAUCCAGCACGACGUGGGCAUUGCCGCCACCACAGAUAAUACAACGGUCUCGUUACUCUUCGGUGGUGCUGUAUUCGCGACACUGCCAUUCCCUGGACUUGAUAUCAAGACUGGAUUACAGGACUACAACAUCACUAUCGUCACCGACAUGCCCCUUACGGACCUCAACGCGUUCAACGCCAUGUCCGUCGCUCUUAUGAACGAAGCUGAAAUCAUACUAAAAGCCUCUGCUUCGCUAGAUAUUCACGCAUUGGGUAUGUCUUUCGACGUCGAUGACUUCAACCGUGACCUGCCUCUCGAGGGCUUCACAGGCUUCACUGAUCCGGAGCCCGUGAUCGAGAAUAUGGAGCUCACCACGUGCACAUCGUCAGAGUAUCUGGUCAACAUUAACGUGACACUGGAUAACACGGCUCGAGUAGGACUGGAUGGCAUCGGUGUGCUCAACAUGAGUCUGUACUACGGUCAGCAGUAUUUGGGCUACGCGCUUUCGCAAAAGCCUGAGUUGGGCAUUCCUCGUGGCGUCAGUGAACAGUCCUUCGUCAUCACGAUAGAUGCUGAAGAAGUCUCUAUUUCUUCCAUGGUGCUGUCGGCUUUGGCUGGCAGCACGCAGUUCUACAUUGUGGGGAACAACCCGUACGUCACGACGCACGGUCAGUUCUUGGAAGCGCUGAGCAAUGUGAACAUGAGUGUUCCAUCAAGCAGUGGGUCACUCACAGAAAUGAAUAUCGGCUCAUCGUGCAGCCUCCUAUCGCUGCUAGUCUCGUGAUAACUUGUCAGCUGACCUAACACCGAGAUAUAAUGUUUAUUGAUUUCACCAACGUCGAGACCGCUAAACCUGCGCCGGUCUUGUCUUCCUACGCUUUACUCAGAGACUGAGGCUUUUGGUAGAGUUGGGAGUCAGUUCAUAGAUAAGGUUCCGUCACUGCUCUUCCAACUCGAAGACGAGACCAGUUCGUGAGCUGUGCACUUUCACACAUGUAGAACAUGCCGUUUGUGUGGAGUAGCGCGAGGUUUCCAUCUCCUUCUUCUCCGUUUCUAGUUAUUUUUUUUCUAUGAUGAGCGCUUUACUUUGUCUCUAGUGUACACGAACCAUCAUUGUACGAAAACCCCAGUCAAAACCUUAUAAAAUAUAUGUAUUAGCUGUUCACACC